AUGUCUUCGUUUCAAGAUCUGACAGUAAAUGAAUCUAUGGCACCCUCAAUUCAAGUCAUGAAUCAAGAUUUGAUUCGUCUUGAUCGGUUUGAAGGACAUAACUUCACGCGUUGGCAGGAGAAGGUUUUAUUCUUCUUGACAGCAAUCAAACUGUCCUACAUUCUGAGUGAUGAUUUCGCGCCUAUUCUAGAAGAAAAAGCAGAUGAUUCAGAUGAAUGCAAGAAGGAAUUACAGGAACAGCGGAAGAAACGGAAUGAUGAUGAUUUUCUAUGCAGAGGCCAUAUUCUGAAUGCACUAUCAGAUUCUGUUUACAGCGCACAUAGGACUAUCGGAACAACAAAAGAAUUGUGGCUAGCAUUGGACAACAAGUAUCGUAUUGAAGAAGCAAGCAACCAGAAAUGUAAUUACUUUGAUUUCAAGAUGACGGACAGUAAGUUUGUUCUUGCCCAGGUACAUGAAUUACAACUUAUUGUUAGUAAUCUUAAUAAUGCUGAAAUUGUCUUGCCUUGUGCAUUUCAAGUUGGAGCCAUUAUUGCAAAAUUACCAAGUUCAUGGAAUGGCUAUAAAAAGAAACUCAAACAUGAUGAAACCAAGCAUACCCUGGAAUCCCUCAUACGUCAUUUGCGUAUUGAGGAAGACUCUUGUAAACGAGAGAAUAAUGAUCAAGCGGCAGAAAAGGCAAACAUGGUUCAAGAAAAUCAUAAGGGUAACAAGAAGCGUAAAAACUCCAGUUCUAAGCAAAAUUAUGCAGAAACCUCUAAGAAAAAAUUCAAGGGGGAUUGUUUUUACUGCAAGAAAUUUGGUCAUACCGCUCGUGAAUGCCAACAUUGA